UAAGAGAAGUUCUGUUGGAAGUUUUACAGCAGUCGUUUGUUUACUUACAGAAUACAGUCUGUUAUUUAAUAUUUACAUUGAAAAAAAAAUGAUAACUGUUAAAAACCAUUUAAGGUCCAAUGAACUUGGUUCAUUCACUUAAUUGCUUACAAUCGAACAAAUUGAAACCGAACACGCAAAGAAAGUCACACACACACACACAUAUUUUAUGUUGUAUUGUUUUUUCAAAAAUAUGUAUUGACUCAGAAGGUACAAUCGUUUCAUUUGGCUCUAUCAAGUGUUCGUGUAAAAUACUGUAUAAUUUGUUUUUUAAAGGCAAAGCGUAGUGAGACGAUUAUUAAGUUUUGACUAAAAGUACUAAAAUAUAUUUCUUACAUACUUGCUGUAUAAAAAAAAGGAAAUAGGCACUAAGUAGAAAUGUAUUUGUAUAAUAUGACGUUACAACGAGGUAGCGCCAUCACGAAUGCUAUCCAUGGUAAUUUUAGUGGCCGAAAGGCUCAAGAAAUAUUAAUAUCUCAUGGAAAAUCACUAGAGCUGAUGAGACCUGAUACGAACACUGGGAAAGUCCAUACAUUACUUACAGUUGAAGUGUUUGGAAUUGUUCGAGCUCUGAUGAGCUUCAGACAGUCUGGCGGAACCAAAGAUUAUAUUGUAGUCGGAACUGAUUCCGGAAGAAUAGUCAUUUUGGAGUAUUUGCCGUUGAAAAAUAUUCUUGACAAAGUACAUCAGGAAACAUUCGGAAAAAGCGGUUGCAGACGUAUCGUACCGGGACAAUAUUUAGCGAUUGACCCAAAGGGACGAGCGAUUAUGAUUGGUGCAGUAGAAAAACAAAAGCUGGUGUACAUUCCCAACAGAGACUCCGAAGCUAGACUGACUAUAUCGUCGCCUUUAGAAGCCAACAAGAGUAAUACAUUCGUUUAUCAUAUGGUUGGAAUCGAUGUCGCGUUUGAUAACCCUGUUUUUGCUUGUCUUGAGAUUGACUAUGAGGAAGCCGAUUCCGAUUCUUCGGGCAAUGCUGUCCAAUCUACCUGUCAAACACUGACAUUUUACGAAGUUGAUUUCGGAUUAAACCACGUGGUCAGAAAAUAUAGUGAAGCUUUAGAAGAACAUGCCAAUUCACUAAUUGCCGUCCCUGGUGACAAGGAUGGGCCUGGUGGAGUGUUGAUAUGCUCGGAAAAUUAUAUAACAUAUAAAAAUCAAGGCGAACAACCUGAUAUUCGUUGUCCGAUUCCUCGUAGACGAAAUGAUUUAGAUGAUCCGGAACGAGGAAUGAUCUUUGUUUGCAGCGCUACGCACAAAACCAAGUCAAUGUUUUUCUUCCUGGUACAAACCGAACAAGGGGACAUCUUCAAGGUGACACUGGAAACCAAUGAAGAAUUUGUCACAGAAAUACGACUGAAAUAUUUCGAUACAGUUGCUGUAGCUUCGGCAAUGUGUGUUUUGAAAACAGGAUUUUUAUUUAUAGCGUCCGAGUUUGGAAAUCAUUAUUUAUAUCAAAUAGCAAAUUUGGGUGAUGAUGACGACGAACCCGAAUUUAGUUCUGCCAUGCCCUUGGAGGAAGGAGAUACGUUUUUUUUCGCUCCUCGACUAUUGAGAAAUUUAGUAUUAGUCGAUGAAAUGGAUUCUUUGUCGCCCAUAAUGGCAUGUCAAGUUGCAGAUUUAGCCGCCGAAGACACUCCUCAGUUAUACAUGGCGUGCGGACGAGGUCCACGAUCCACGCUGAGAGUUUUGAGACACGGUCUUGAAGUGUCCGAAAUGGCCAUUUCAGAAUUGCCAGGAAAUCCGAAUGCAGUUUGGACUGUUAAAAGUAGAGCGGAGGAAUUGUAUGAUGCGUAUAUCGUUGUGUCAUUCUCAAAUGCUACUUUAGUUUUGUCGAUCGGCGAAACAGUAGAAGAAGUUUCAGAUUCUGGAUUUCUAGGGACAACACCCACGCUAUCUUGCUCUCCGUUAGGUGACGAUGCGGUUGUACAGAUUUAUCCCAAUGGUGUACGUCAUAUACGAUCGGAUAGACGAAUGCACGACUGGAAAGCUCCAGAAAAGAAGAAAAUAGUCAAAUGUGCGGCCAAUCAGCGGCAAGUGGUUAUCGCGUUGGGUGGUGGCGAACUAAUAUACUUUGAAAUGGAUCCGACUGGACAUUUAAACGAACACAAAGACCGUAAGGAAAUGAACACUGAUGUUCUUUGUAUGGCGUUGGCAAAUGCCCCGUCCGGAGAACAAAUGUCUCGGUUUUUGGCCGUUGGAUUGAUUGACGAAACAGUUCGCAUUAUUUCUUUGGAUACGGGCGAUUGCUUGACUCAAUUGAAAAUGCAAGCUAUUCCCGCCAUGCCCGAAUCACUGUGCAUCGUAGAAAUGGGUGUGAGCGAUGUUGGGUCGUCUGAUGAGCCCGGAAUGAAUUCCUUGUCAAUGUUGUACCUGAACAUUGGCUUGCGAAAUGGAGUACUGUUGCGUACGGUCUUGGACAGCGUUACCGGGGAAAUGGCUGACACUAGAGCCCGUUACUUGGGAGGAAAACCGGUGAAACUAUUUAAGAUCCAAACUCGUGGCAAUGAGGCUGUGCUUGCGAUGUCUAGUCGAUCUUGGCUAAGCUAUUAUUACCAAAACCGUUUUCAUCUAACGCCCCUGUCGUACGACAGUCUGGAAUACGCUUCUGGUUUCUCAUCUGAACAAUGCGCUGAAGGCAUAGUUGCUAUAUCUAAUAACACCCUGCGUAUUUUGGCAUUGGAAAAACUUGGCGCCGUAUUCAAUCAAGUGUCCUUUCCGGUUGAGUACACUCCUAGAAAAUUCAUUGUACAUCCCGACUCGGCUCACUUGAUUGUUGUCGAAACCGAACACAAUGCAUACACAGAACAGACAAAGAGACAGAGACGAGUUCAGAUGGCCGAAGAAAUGCAAGAAGCCGCCGGAGAGGAGGAACAAGAAUUGGCCUUGGAAAUGGCCGAAGCGUUCUUGAACGAAGAUUUACCGGAAAAUGUUUUCGGCGCUCCCAAAGCUGGUUCUGGAAUGUGGGCUUCGUUGAUUAGGUUGUUUAAUCCUGGCCAAGGUGUUACCGAAGCAGUUUAUCGUUUUCCACAAAACGAAGCGAUUAUGAGUGUUGCCUUAGUGCGGUUUUCAACUUAUCCAGAUACACAGUAUGUACUUUUCGGUGUUGCAAACGAGCUUUAUUUAAAUCCAAGACACGUGACCUGUGGCUAUAUUUACACAUACAAAGUGAACCCGACUUGUACGUCUUUAGAAUUUGUACACAAGACGAUUGUUGAUAACGUGCCAACGGCGAUUUGUGGAUUCCAAGGCCGCGUUUUGAUAGGCGUCGGCCGCAUACUACGUAUAUACGAUAUUGGAAAAAAAAAAUUGUUGCGAAAAUGUGAAAACAAACAAAUUUCCAUGUCGAUUGUCGGAAUCCGAGCAAUGGGGUUGAGAAUUUAUGUUAGUGACGUCCAAGAAAGUGUGUAUAUGGUGCAAUACAAAAGAUCUGAAAAUCAAUUGGUUAUAUUUGCCGACGAUACACAGCCACGUUAUACUACGGCUAUUGAGAUACUCGACUACAACACAGUAGCCGCGGCUGACAAGUUUGGAAAUAUUACGAUUCUACGGUUAGCUGUAUCAAUAUCUGACGAAAUUGAAGACGAUCCGACCGGAAAUAAAAAUCUUUGGGAUCGCGGGUUGCUUAACGGUGCUUCUCAGAAAGCAGAUUUCAUAGCCAAUUUCCAUGUUGGAGAAAUAUGUACAUCGCUACAAAAAGCUACUCUUAUACCGGGAGGUUCUGAAUCAUUAGUUUACUCGACGAUAUCGGGUACGAUCGGGGUUUUGGUGCCGUUUACAGCUCACGAAGAACAAGACUUCUUUCAACACCUUGAAAUGCACAUGAGAUCGGAAAAUCCACCUUUGUGUGGCCGUGACCAUUUAUCCUACCGAUCCUAUUAUUUUCCUGUAAAGAACGUAUGUGACGGAGAUUUAUGUGAACAGUACAACUCUAUUGACAUUGCUAAACAGAAGAGCAUUGCUGCCGAUCUCGAUAAAACGCCAGCGGAAGUGUCUAAGCGUCUCGAAGACAUGCGAACAAGAUACGCAUUUUGAAGUAUUCUUAGUUUUUAUAUCUUACCUAUUAUUAUAACAAUUUUACUUUCUUUUUUUUCUUUCCUAGAAAAUCUUUCUUUUUCGUAAAUGUGAUUACAUACUUUUAUUUUUAUUGAGUUGAUUCAACCUAAAUUAAAAGACUGUUGAAAUUUAAGUUCCUUGUGUGAUGUACACAAUUAACAGCUUGACCUCAAUAAAGUUAAUUAUUUUAAACAUAUUGUACUAUUAAGAAAUGAGUAAUAUUACUAUUUUCUUUUUUUUUAUACAGCCUUUAUUGUUAUAAAAUAUUUGGCUCAA